AUGAAUGACUAACAAAAUACUGAUUCAUAAAUUCAAUAGAAAUUAGAAUUGUUUAUAAGUUGCAGGGGAUUGGCUAAUAUGGAUCUCUUUUCGAAAAGCGAUCCUUUUGUUAUUUUGCAAAUUCAACAAAACCACAAUUGGUUUGACUUUGGCAAAACUGAGAUUAUAAAUGAUAAUUUGAAUCCAAACUUUACAAAAACCUUCAUUAUUGAUUACUUCUUUGAAUGUUAACAGCCUCUAAAAUUUAUAGUUAAUGACGAUGAUGGAGAUGGAAAAUUUGAUUUCAUCGGUAGUGCAGAGACUACAUUAGGUUGUAUUGCAGGUUCUCGGGAUCAAAUGUUAAUUGUUGAUUUAAAAAGAGGUUCUAAAACCACAGGGAGUCUAAUCAUAAAAGCAGAAUAAGUGAGAUCAUUGAAUAAGAAAUUAAGUAUGCAAAUAAUUGGAGAUCAAUUUCCAAAUAGAAGUUGUAUUCCUUGGCUCAGCUUAUGUCCUUUUUUCAGAAUAUAUAGAUAGAGCUAAGAUGCAAAUUAAAAUUUAUUAAUUUAUCAAAGUGAGCAUGUCAAAUUUUGUCUUGAUCCAAAAUGGAGAAGAUUAGAUAUUACUCUAUAAAAACUUUGUAAUGGAAACUUAGACAAACAACUCAAACUUGAAGUCUGGGAUUAUUUCACUACUGGUAAUCCUGACCUAAUUGGUCAUACGUAAUUUAGAGUAAAUGAGAUUAUUGAAAAGAAAAAAUAUCAAAAAUAAUUACUUAAUAGGGAUAAUAACUAAGCAGGUUUGAUCACAUUUAAUGAUGUUAAAAUAUAUGAGCCUCCAACGUUUAUGGAUUACCUAAAGAGUGGAACUUAAAUUAAUUUAAUAUCUGCCAUCGAUUUCACAGGAUCAAAUGGAUCACCAAAUUUAUCAUCAUCUUUACAUUAUAUAGAUAACUAAACUGGAAGAUUAAAUUAAUAUCAGUAAGCUUUACUGGCUGUGGGAGAGAUUCUUCUUAACUACUCAUACGACAAACGAGUUCCCAUGUAUGGUUUUGGAUGUAAGCCAAAUCUAAAGAAUUUUAAGUCUUCUUCAACUUCACAUUGCUUUCCCUUAAACGGCAAUCCCUAAGAUCCAGAAGUUGAAGGCAUAGAGGGUAUUAUGCAAACCUAUAGUAAUGCAUUAAAAAAUGUUAACUUUGAUGGGCCAACCUAUUUUAACCCAUUACUUCAAGAAGUCAUUAAGAUAGCUUCACUGAGCAAGGAUAUGGCAAAGGAUUCAUACUACGUUCUAUUUAUUUUGACUGAUGGUGAAAUUCAUGACAUGAGUUAAACCAUCGAUUCUGUAGUAGCUUCCUCCCAUUUGCCCUUUUCAAUCAUCAUUGUUGGAGUGGGAAAUGCAAAUUUCAAAAACAUGAACAUUUUAGAUGAUGAUGAAGGAAAUUUAAAAGAUUCUAAAGGUAAUCAAUCAUUUAGAGAUCUGGUGCAGUUUGUUCCCUUCAAUUAAUUCAAAGAUAACCCAGAAUUGUUGGCUAAAAAUGUGUUGUAGGAAUUGCCUGAUCAGAUUGUUGAAUAUAUGCAAUUAGUUGAUCAAUAGCCUAAAUUGCAGUAAAAAUAACAAGAUAUUACUUAUUCUGAAUUCAAGUAAACUCCAACGAUAGGCAAUUUCAGUGAAUUAUAAAUCUCAGAUGAAUACAUUCAAUAAUUCAAUCAACAAGGAAGAGAAUGGAAUUCUUAAUAUGAGAACUAUAAAUAAUCAUAGGAUCCUUAUUUUAAUGAAAAAUAACAAUUUAAAUGA